AUGGAUACCCGCGCUGUGAACCCCCAGAAGACGCUCGUCACCCCCAUUUGGGUGUUUGGCAUCCGAAUCGCACAGGUCGUACUGUCGAUUGUUGUUCUUGGCAUGGCCGCCGCCUGGUCCGACUAUACGCUCUUUGAUGCUCCUAGCCUGGCCAUCGCCGCCGCCGUCUUCACCUGGCUCAUCGUCGCCUACAUUCUCGUCACCGAAAAGGUGCCCGCUGUCAAUGCCUUUUACACCAUCUAUGCCGUCAUCGUCCUCGACGCCUUCAUGAUCAUCAUCUGGCUGUCCACCUGGGCCCUCAACGCCGCCCGCCGCGCCUCCCUCGGCAACGUUGGCGCCGGACGCAUCAACGGCGGCGGCGGCCGCUUCUGCUACGACGGCAUCUGCUACGACUACCGGAAGCGCUCCAUCGAGCGCCGCGCCAUGACCUGGCAGACGCUGAGCGGCCUCCUCGCCGGUGUGGCCGCCAUUGGCGCUUUCAUCUGGGUGCUCUUUAUUGUGACCUUUGUCUGGACCGUUAUCAACUUCCUCUCCGGUCGCAAGGACGGCCGCUUCACUCUCGGCUCUUCCAGCACCGUCACUGCCGACCACAACAUGGAGGAGCAAAAGGUCGUCCAAGGCCAGCAGGCCCAGCAGCCUCAGCAAGCCCAGCAGUUCACCGAGCCUCAGUACAACGCCGUCCAGCAGCAGCAGGCGUAUCCCCAGCAGCCUUCCGACGCCCCUCAGGUUGCCACCGAGUAUCAGCAGCCGCAGCAGCAGUAUGCUCACGACCCCCAGGUUACUCCCCAGCAGCCGCACCACCAGUAA